AGUUGAGCACUGGAUCUUGGCGACUGUGGAUCGCAUUCGCGAAAGCGCGCUCGAAUCGUUAUCGAGAUCAUCAUCUCCCUCUUGCGCGGCCGGAUUAGUGCUGUGGAGUUCGGAGUUCGGAUAGAAUCUACAGAGCUUUGGUGGAACUUUACGCGGGGGAGUGUUGAUCCGUCCAAAGUGAUCCAGCGAGUUGCGCGUUAGAUCCCUGGGAAUGCCCUAGGAAGAGUGCCGAAGAACAAAAGUGCGAUCGAUCUUUUGAAGAGUGUAACAGAGUGAUAGAGAAUUCGGUGAAGAUGGAAGGCCUCAGUGUCGAUGAGGUGAAGGUGUCCCUGCAGAGGUUUGGCCUCUACGACUACGUGGUGUUUGUGAUUAUGUUGGCGAGUUGUGCCAUGAUUGGCGUCUACUUCGGGUUCAUCAAGAAAAAGUCCCAGAAGGGGGAUGUAGAGUCGGAUUAUCUGGUUGGGGGUCGUAAGAUGGGCGUCAUCCCGGUAUCGCUUUCGUUGAUUGCCAGCUUCAUCUCCGGUAUAUCCCUUCUGGGAACACCCACGGAAAUCUACGUGUACGGUGUCCAGUACAUGUACAUCGUUGGCGGUGUCAUCUCCAUGGGCUUCAUCAUGAUGUACAUCUACCUUCCGGUAUUUCACAACCUACAACUGACUUCCACGUAUCAGUACCUCCAAACUCGCUUCGACAAACGAAUGCGCCUGUUCGGAUCAAUUCUCUUCACAUUCGCCACGAUGGCGUGGCUACCGAUCGUCAUCUACGUCCCGGCGUUGGCGUUCAACCAAGUCACCGGAGUGAACGUCCAUCUCAUCACGCCGCUAGUUUGCAUCAUCUGUAUCUUCUACACCUGCGUGGGUGGACUCAAGGCGGUCGUUUGGACCGAUGUCGUCCAGACGUUGCUGAUGUUCGGCGCCAUGAUGUUGAUCAUCAUAAAGGGAACUUUCGACGUGGGAGGUUUUUCGGUAGUGAUGGACCGGGCCAGCCAAAGUGGACGCCUCGAGGCGCCGGAUUUCCGAUUCGAUAUGACUACGAGACACAAUGUGUAUUCGUGUGUGAUCGGUGGAGUUAUCUAUUGGUUGAAGACGAACGCAGUCAGCCAGAAUAUGAUCCAGCGGUAUCUUUCGCUACCAACGAUGAAGGAUGCCAAGCGAGCUCUUUGGACGUUCAUUGUGGGAACUCUGUUCUUGCUGGGGUUGUGUUGUUACAGUGGCCUGUUGAUCUACGCCAAGUACCACGAUUGCGAUCCGUUGACGACUAAGCUGGCGAAGGCCAAGGACCAACUGCUGCCGCUGUUGGUGAUGGAUACUUUGGGAGAUUAUCCCGGACUUCCGGGACUGUUCGUAGCCGGAGUUUUCUCCGCAGCGCUGAGUUCUCUGUCUACGGGACUAAACUCGAUGUCCGCGGUGGUGUUGGAGGACUUCUUCAAGCCCUUCUCCAACAAACCUCUCAGCGAGCGGGCAACGGCUAUAAUCAUGCGUUCGGUGGUAGGAGUAUUCGGUGUCAUUUGCGUUAUAUUGGUAUCCGUGGUGGAAAAGCUCGGUGCCGUGUUGCAACUCUCGAUGAGUCUGGGAAGUGUCAGCAACGGUCCACUAUUGGGCAUUUUCACUUUGGGUGUACUUAUACCUUGGGCUACCGGAACGGGAGCCAUCGUCGGAGGCAGCAUUGGACUUGCGGUCAUGUCGUGGAUAUGCUUCCGGGCUCAGGUGGCGAUUGCGACUGGGGAGUUGCAGUUUGAAUCGAAGCCGGUGGAUACUCAGGGCUGUAGCUAUCAUUUCAUACCAUCGGAACCGAUGAGCAUGCUGGCGAUCAACGUGACGGCGCCGCUCCAGCAUUCCGUUCCAAGUGAACCCGAAUUCGCCCUGUACCACAUCUCCUACCUGUGGUACACCCUGAUGGGAGCCCUGAUCACCAUUGUGAUCGCCGUGAUCGUUUCCUUCCUGACGGGUCCCAACAAGCCGGACGAAAUGGACUCCAAAUUGUUCUCGCCCUUCGUGGCCCGCAUUCUGGACCGUCGACGAAGCCGGAAAGCAGUCCACAGUCAACCGCGGAUAGAAUUUAGCGAAUCGUGUCAUCUGUAGAUAAUAAGGUGUAGCAUUUAAGUAGCGUUAACCGUAACGACAACGACGUCAGAGAGCCAAUGAGCUAUCAUCGAUUUAGUUCCUUUCGUAUCCACGAAACCGUUGAAAGAAAAGGUGACCCUCAUUGCAAGUGAGACAAUGAAACUUGAUUGUUGAGAAAGUUGGAGAAGCAAUAAAAAAUCUUUGAAAAUUAAAAA